GAGAAAAAAAAAUCUUGGUCAAUUUUCGCUUUAUAUUUUCGAAUAAAAAAAAAUUCCGAAAAAACGGUGCAAGGUCGUCGAGAUUCUUCAAAAUAACGCCCUAGAUGAGAGGGUGCGACCUCCGGUACACUUGCAACCUUCUAUCGUUCAGUGUAGUCAAAUUUUCAAUUUCAGCGUUUCUCAACCUAAUUAUUGCACUUGGAGCGUAACGUAGACACGAAAGCAAAAAAAAAUAAAAUAAAAUACACGCCCAGCUUCGACCUUCACAAGCGGUAUACAAGGUCGUCAGGAGCCACGCGAUGCGUCAAAAAACGGCGGAGCUUAAUUUCGAUGUAAAUUUUCGAAUGGCAAACGUCGUCGCGUUCGAAAAUCUUCCAGCCAAUAAGGCCGCGCCACCGUUCGGAAUAGUUCGCCGACGUAUUCGCCGACAAUAAUUCGACGAGUAACGCCGGUGCCCGAGGGUUAGUUUUACGGGGUGUCGAGGUCGGCGCGGUACGCGGAUUGUUAAAAAUUCGGGAGGUGCUUGAUCCGAGAACAAGGGCGAUAAAAAGUAGCUCUAAAUACUGAAUAAAACCACCUGUGAAACCGACUCGCCAAAUAUCGAAGAGCGGAACGCGCGGGUUGGUUAGUCGAUGAGAAAUUCUUGAAUAAAUGAGGAGAAGAAAAACUAGGAGAAAAAAGUGAAGAACGGUCGGAGAGGAGAGCGAUUACGGUCACGGGGGAAAGAUAAAGGAAUUUGAAGGAGUAAAAAAAAAAAAAGAAGAGAAAAAAGAGAGAGAGCCCCUCGUUCGUUCCGGCCGAGUGAAGAAAAAAAAAGAAAACGACAAAAGAGAAGAAAAGAUGGAUCGGAUAAACGGAGGAAUGAAAUAGAGGAGAUAAGGAACAAAAGGAGGAAGCUGACUAAUUGAAGGUGCGAAAAAGAGAGCGUUUCCGGCUGAACGAUGGCAGCGAAAUUCACGGACACCACCUAUCAGGGAGGUGGACCGCUCCAGGGUCGGCCUGCGUCGGGAUUGAAAGAAGGAUUUAUCCAAGGAUCGGUGAAAAUGUUCGGGAUAAGAUACUCGCGUUAAUUCCUCCGGACUACCCGGUGAUUGAUAAGCCGUCUCCCCGCGCCGAAGAUCAAGGAGAGAGAAAUGGCCGCUGGUUCGGCGGUCGCUAUGAUCGGGGCUAACCUGAGGUUUGGCAUCGGAGCCUCAGGUAACGUUACCUCAAAUGCGACAAAAGUCUUUCAAUGUCAUCCAGGAGGAAUUACGGAAGCGACAGUUAUAUUUAGCCUCGGAGCCCUCGGAAUGGGCGCGAAUGUUAUUCUCAUGGCUUUAAUAUUGGCCAAACGUCAUCUGAGAAGAUGGUCUCAGGGGUUGCUAUUCCACCAGGCCAUGGUGGACUGCGCUAGGGCAGCCAUUUUAUUACCACUCGGAUUGAGCAUAUUGAAUUGUCAACCCGUUAACAAAUGUUCGCUCGUUGAAACCGCAUUUUUAUUACUGGUUACCGUCUCCACGGUCAAUAUGCUAACCACCGUUUUAAACGAUAGUCCGGUUUUCCCGGAGAGCGACGAGGAGGCGGACCUCACCGCACCCCUGCUCAUGGACUCGCCGCAGUGCGUGUUGUUCGGAACGUUCAUGAUAUGGUUCGCGAGCAUAACGAUAAACCUUGGACCAACAUUUUUGAGCGGCGCCCUGGCAGCGAACACGGAAACUGGACACAACGCUCCGAGUUGUCCGUUGGUCCACGGGCCCUUCCGUCAUUAUAUACUCAACGUUUUAUGGAUCGUGAUAAACGUGAUAUGCGUCCUGCUCACCCUUUUCCACCUGAGGAAACUUCACAGAGAUCUGACCAAGGCGAACGUCGAAGCGGUUCGCGUCGCCGGACUGGUUACAACUUUGGUUAGCGUGACGGGAGGACACGGAGGUUCGAACGGUCCGAUCGACAACAAUGGAACGAACGCGAGGAACGGAACGACGCCAAAACGAGGUGGCGCCAUAGAGGAGCACCGUAGGAUGAGGAAUUACCUUCGUCGGAUGGAACGGGAAGGAGUUCAGAGGGUGAAAAUGUUCCUGGUGAUAACAGCGGCGUACGUGAUAUUCUGGGGGCCGCUAUUCUUCGUCACUCUGGUCCACCAUCCGGUGAUCGGAAACCCGACGGGAUACGAGGUGACUCUCCACAUCGCCUACGUUCACGCCUUCGUCAACCCCGCGUUAUUCCUGGCCCUGCACCGCGGUCUGCGACAAGGGAUGUCCGACGUCUGCUGCGGAUGCUGCGAAGGAUUGGCCAGAUGGAUAUUGGGAUCGACGAUAAACAGCCCGGUGCAAUCGGUACAACCCCCGAGCUACGAGCCGCCCCUCCAUUUGCCCUCCCCGCCGGAUCCCCCCCUCCCCCUGUCCGCGAACUCCUGCGACCUCACCGACGUCGCUCAUUUGAAGCCGCCUCUGCCUCCCGUUGCCAAACACUUGCUCAUGGAUGACCUGAUCGCCGCGCCUCCGGACCCGUGGAAUUUACCACCCAGACCUAAGAGUACGUCGAGCCUCUAUCAGGCGGAACUAUCACGGAGGCCCAGUCUGCUUUUACCACCCCCACCUGACCUGAGCGACUUGUCUCCGAUGAGUCCAACCAGCAGCGAUCUACCGAGCGAAUGAAUCCCGAGUGAAAAUCGCAACGGGAACCUUCAAGGAACCGGGGUCGAAAGGACGAAGAUAUUUAUACCGCGAAUUAAACGUAGACAGAAAAGGAUUAAAACUUUUUUUUUUUUUUUUUUUCCAAACUUACUAUGCAAAGAAUUUGGAUCCAUGGCCGAUUUUGGCUAGUCGAAAAUAUCCGUUACUGUCUGCAGAAAUCAUAACUUCAAAUGUGCCAAAAAUACGAUUUAUAAAGGCCCGAAGGUGAACCAAUAUAAUUUCUAGAGAAUAAAUAAGUAUAAGAGUAUCGACGGUGGGGAGAAAUCGGAACAAAUGAAUGGCGAAUGGGACGACGUCUGCUAUAUUCGUCGAGGCUGCCUGCAGAUAUAGAAUUAAUGAAAAUGGCGGAGCCGGAAGACGAUAAAGAAUAAAUAGCUGGUCCAGCAGCCGAUAUAAUUACAACCGUCGUAAUUGGCGGGGCGAUAACCGACGAUUAUAGUAAUUACAAAUUGACGGUUAAUUGCUAGGUAUAUAUAUAUAACCCCAUACGCAUAAACUUCAAAAUCAUCCGAUGUACGUAAAGCAAUAUGGUGAAAUUAUUAGUUAAACUAUAUACAUACUAAAAAUCCGAUAAGGUAUCAUUGAUCCUGCAGUACAGACUGACCUUUACACUAACGAUAUCCUAUCGAUUCGAUUCAUCUACGGUAUUGAGCGAAAACAUUUUUACAAUCCGAAAUAUACACCGUUGAGAAACGACGCAUUUUUUAGAUCCGAUAAUCGUCAAUUUAUAACGAUUGCCGAGAUGAAUAAUAAAACUUAAGCUGUACCCUCAUCGGCGCACUCGAAUAUCCGAUGCGUUGAUUAUCAAGUGUUGCAUAUUAUCGUCGUACUCUAAAAUUGUGUGAAAUACCUCCGCUGUAUCUUCCUAGCGACGUACGCUCGUCAUUUUUACAUGAAAUUCGCAUGUUCUAAAUGUAUCCAGUGUCUGUGAUCGCUUGUCCAUAUUUUAAGCUACUUCCCAAGCUAUCGUGUCUAUCGUCUACUCAAUUAUGGUCAAUGAUUCCAACUGUCACAGAUGCGGAUGGGUAGUGGAAAACAAAAACUAAAAAAAAAAAGUAAUAACAAAGAACACGGAUAGCAGUCUCUUUAGCAAGAACCAAAUAAAUAGCAGUGCACUUAUAGUUAGAAAAAAAUAUAAACUAGCUUGUCCAUAGAACUUAGAAAUUAAGUGGUAAUCGGUGGAUUGCAAUUUUUUUUAGCAAGCCGAGAGCAAUCAUUGCCUAAUAUUGGUAUUAAAAAUAUUUUUUAACCUCUAAUCAGCUCCUAUUAUAUCGAGGCGACGAAUCAGAGACGAGAUUUGUUUGACAACGAGACGGACCGACAUUCGUAUUGAGUCUAAACAACAAAGGAUCGAAAAAUUGCGAUUACUUAUGAUACACUGGGAUUUUUUAACGGUUUUCCAAAAUGGCAUGGAACUUCGUCAGAAAUAACAAAGGUGCGUCUGGUCGUGUCACAUUUUCUCCGUUUCGAGUUUUAAUUCGAAAAAUUGCUUCGCGAAAGUCGGAAUAUCGAAAGUAGGAGGAGGUUAGUUCCCUUUAACGGUCGUUUUUUGGGAUGAAAUCGACCGAUGAUCGGUAACGGGGAUGCAAAAAAAAGUGCAUCGGUACAAAGGUAUCAUGCUAACGAUAAGUAUAAAUUCGGUAACUUGACGAACCUCCUCAUAACUGGUGCCAAACUCAAGGUCGCGCGACGUAAUCGUAACACUUUAUCGUAAAAAUAAAAAAUGAAUCGCACACUUUGCUUGCCCUUGAAAUUCGGUCUUCGUAAAAAAUGAAAUGUCUCGAUCAAUGACCUUCGCGUUAUCACGUACCUAACGUAUUUAUACGAUGAAUUACGAGUACACCUGAAAUCCGUUUUUCAUGUAGUUGUACCUUCGGCAAGUUUCGAGAGAAAAAAAUUCAUUGUUGUCAAAAAUUAGGGAGGAAUUUCCGAUACGCGACGAAGGGAAACUUUAUUUUCGAACAAUUAUUCCCCCGUGCUGCAGAUUUUUAUGGCGAAAAUAAAAGCUGAGCUUUUGCUCCGAAAGUUGAAUUAGUUUUUUGGGGGGGAAAAAAAAAAGGUUUCCUCGUAAUCAAAACUCUGACGCAUUUACGAGAGUAUAGUUAGAAUCGAAAUAAUCAAUCAUUGAUUUAGACUCAGGUGUACGAAAAAAUAUGGUCCAUAAGUACAAGUGUGAGUAAAAACACCGAAUUCGAGUGUGAUUUCAAUGGAAAAUUCGGAGAAAAAAACAAUUUUCUCUUUUCCAUUCGAAUGAGAGUAGCGACUUUACAUACAUGUCAAUUCUAAUUAAUC